GGCCCUUGCCAGGAACCGUAUCUCAAGCGUCCUUAGCAGCAGGGUGGCAACACUUCCGACACAAGAAAGUCUAGCAAGUAAUCUCUUGGCUAGAUGAUGCACAAAAUCUUUUACCAACAAAAGUGUGGCAAUGCGUUUAGCACUUCUUUUGUAAUCACACAUCGUUAUAAAUGGCUUCCAGUAACCCGUCAGUCUUUCUUUUGAUGGUCAAUGGCCAAAUAGAAGGAGCAAAGUUUCCAGAGUACGACGACCUGUACUGCAAGUAUUGUUUUGUGUAUGGUCAUGACUGGGCUCCCACUUCGGGUCUGGAAGAGGGCAUCUCUCAGAUAACGUCCAAAAAUAGAGAAUCUCACAACUUGGUGUGGAACUUCCCCCUAGACAUCACAUUCAAGAGUACCAAUCCAUUUGGGUGGCCCCAGAUUGUGGUUAGUGUCUAUGGUCCAGACACCUUUGGGAAUGAUGUUGUCAGAGGCUACGGUGCAGUUCACAUACCUUUCACUCCUGGCAAGCAUACAAGAAUCAUACCCAUGUUCGUUCCAGAGUCCACAUCAAGACUUCAAAAAUUCACAAGCUGGCUCAUGGGCAGGCGUCCGGAGUUCACGGACCCUAAAGUGGUUGCACAGGGAGAAGGAAGAGAAGUGACUCGGGUGCGUUCUCAAGGCUUCGUCACGCUCCAGUUCAACAUUGUCACCAAGGACAUGAAGAAGCUGGGUUACGACACCACACCCAGGUCAUCUGAUGGAGCCACAUUGACGUCCCUGGCAGCCGGGGACACCAACAUGCUCUGAAGUCAGGACAGGACAGGACAGGACUGGUGGCAGUGCCACCAGUGACUUACAUGGGCACCAUGUGUUGCACUAGCACCAGCAACAAUGCAUUAGAGAACACAUCUAAUGCAAAGACAAUGUCUUAAGCCAGUUCAACGACUUAUAAGUAGAGAUUAUUGCCGUAUUACGGUAGCUAUUUUAUAGUGCGAGUUCCUCUAUGAAUUAUGUUUUAUAUGUACUUGAAUAUUAAAUGUGGUUUGUAUUUCUUA